AUGUCAUCAAUUGCAAUCGCUUCAGCUGAGACCUUAUCCUCUCCCCCUCCCGAUCUCCAAGGCGAAGCUGAAUUGGAACAUCUAAAGAUAUCCUAUGCUCUUCGCCAGCAGCCUGUUUCCGUAACUCUUGAUGGUAAAACCAUCUUCUUGUCGUCCCUUGUCUUAGUUCUGCUUAUUCACUUCCUUGAUCCAUAUCACGCCGAGGUAGUCAUCGCUUUAUUCCCCAUAGUGUUAGGCGUCCACAACGACUACCAGAAUUUCCUCAACCUUGGCCCUGGUGGCACGCCCUCCACUUUCAGCGGCUACCUCCGUAUAUCAUGGUUCCGUCUUUGGGCUCUCAGCGACCCGUUUGCAGCCCCAGAGCCUGACCAUAUGCGUCUCCCAACAUCAGGUAUCCUCCGACGCCAGCGUCUCCCAUACCGCGCAGGUCCUCGACCUGUUGUUGCUGGCAUAGCACCCCAAAGACAACUUGAUCAGCAUGGAUCUCGAGUAUGCUACCGAGCUCUCCGCUGGUCCAUGGCCAAGUUAGCGAAUAGGAGUCCUAAGAAGUUUGGCACCGAGAAGUCGUGCAUAGAGAAGCAUGGGUUGGCACUGUUUGCCAGGCACCCAGUACAAACGAAUUGCCAGGGCGAGAUCUGCCAUGUUCACGACUCAGACCACUCCAUGCAUAUGUGUUUGCACCCGGACGACAUCAGGGAGGUGUUAGAAAAGGGCUGGGGUCAGAGGCAUCCACUCGCUUGGAGAGGUCGGUUCCUCAAGAGCCCCGUCUCCCCAGACUUUGUCAUGAUCUAUGCACCACGAGAUGACGAAGAAUUGCAGGUCAUCUGCAAUAUUAUAGAAGCUGCUAUAUGGUACACCGUCGCCGAAGAACUCGAGAUGGGGAUCUGUCCAAAACCCAUGUAA